GGAUAAGAACACUGCUGCACGUACCACUAAGGUAAUUACUGAGGAUAAGAAGAACACUGCUGCUCAUGUCACUGAAAUAGCCGAGGAUAACAAGACCACUGUUUGCCAGCUCGCUGAGGUAACUGCGGAUGACAACAGUGUUUCUCAUCCCACUGAGUUGACUAGGGACAACAAGAACACUGUUGCUCAUCUCGCUGAAUUGCUUGAUGCCAAAAACAACAUCGCAUACAGAACAAUAGCUGCUGAGAUCUUGGACAAUUUGUGUACUCACUGUGAUUGGAACGAAAACAAACAAAUCGUGAUGGAAUCAUUGCUGCUAAAGGUGCUCACAGAAAUACUUUCCAUUAAAAGUGACCAACCUGAAAGCAAAAUUUCUGAAGAAAAAGAAAACAAGCCAAAGGACAGCAUGUGGACACUUUUCAAAAGGAAAAACAAUAGAGGAAACCAGAGGAACUUUGUGCCUGGAAACAAAGAAAACCAGAAAAACUCUGCACCGGCAAUUGAUGAAGAAAACCAAGAACAAUUUCCACCGAGAACUGUUGGACAAAGUCAGAGGAUCUGUACACUAGGAGACAAAAACAUAGUCCAGGAUAUUUCUUCAUCUGAUGACCAAAAGAAGUCAUCUGAUCAACAAAAUGAGGAAGAAACUGCUACAAAGAAACUGCAAGAAGCAUUAUUGUCACUUGCUCUGGUGAUAUGUGGCAAACUAAUCAGUCCAGGUGAUGUUGUUCAAGAGAAAGCCCAAGCAUUUGUGGUGAAGCUCAAGACCAUAAUUGAUGACAACUGUCAACCAACAGCUGACAGUCUGAGAAUUGUAAAACUGUGUGGUCAAAUUGCAGAAUCAAUGAUGCCAUCCCAAUCAUAUGCUAAACACUUCAGAGACAAGGAAUUUUUACAGUCACUGUCUAAGGCUUCAAAAAUCAUGUCUAGCCUUGAAAGCUGCAUGCUUUUUGCUGGCACUGAUUUUGGACCGAAGCAGACUGUCAGGCCUCUCCUCUCCGAAGUUGAGAAGAAAGUAUCUGAGCUUGAGAAGAAAGCACUGCAGUAGGUUUUAGAACAUAAACUUUGAUCACUACUCAUGGGCAUGGGCUCUUCAAUUUCUCUAGCACAAAUAACUACAUCAGUCUUGAGUUCUCGAUCAUGUGCCUUACUUUAUUUCAUUUUUUGCUUUUGUUCAGACCAGUGGUGUGUUGUUAUCAAAUAUAAUGUACCCUUCUUACGAACAUGUUAGGCUACACUUGUGCUGUAUGUGCUUGGAAUAACAUUUCUAUUGAGGGUUUGCAUAUUUUGAACA